AUGGAGCCGACGCGCUCAGCCUCACGCUCACGUCGCUCCUAUCCGAACCUCUGCAACCUCUCCAUAGCCCCGCUCAGCGCCAAAUACCCUCUUGAUGCAUCCGUACCGCCUUCACCCGACGAACAAGGGACGCGAACCCCUCGAACAUCGUACAUCGCACAAAAGUCGGCGCCGGCAACACCGGGCGUUUUGAGUCUCAGCCAGAGCCGCAGUAGUUCGCGGCAGCGUCCAAAGAAAGCGUACGCGUAUGAGAGCUAUUUUGUCAAUCCCCAUUCCGAGGUUCGCGAAGUAGGCGACAUACCAAAAGCAAAGAGUACAAGUGUUUUGCAUCCGGGUGUUAGCUUUGCAGACGACGUACUAGGCGUAGAUACCGGGGCGAAGAAGCAUCAUACACGGAAAGGCACGGCACCUCUACCUCUACACUCCCCGCUUGUGAAACACCACACCAGAGAGUCAAAUGAAGAGUGGCUGCACCGCGCUGGCUUGGCAAUCGCUGGCGAGACGAGGGAUAGCAAGGGUCAGGGUUGGCUUGUGAGGCGAGAGAGCUCGACCAGUCUAGUCGGACAGGGUGACGAAUACGAACAACAUCCUUCGCAUGAGGAUCGACGUAUGGCUCUACUCUCCGGUGAACACAUUGGUGACGCGGACUACCCUAUCUUCUUCUCGCCGCGCAUGUCUAGAGCGGGGAGUCGCAUCCCCAGUCGCGUAGGCUCUCGCGUACCCAGCGCACGACAGAGUCGACGAGGUAGUAGAGUGGGUAGUCGAGUGGAUCUAAUGAUGUCUGGGGGAUCGAAACCGCAAUCAGGAAGAGCUAGCCUCGAGAUCUUGGAGCUAGAUGAACGCUUCAUCGAGCCUGACUUUAUAGAAGCAGAUGAAGAAAGUGAUGGUGACGAAGAAGAAGUCGCUCGUCUGGCGCGCGAGCGCGGUUUCGGCCUUGGAGGCUGGAUGGAUCGUCUCAUCGGAUGGACACUGUUCUCUGUCGACGAAGACAGAGAAGGGUCUGACGAGGAAGACGUGGAAGACGAUAGGAGCUUGCGACUAGACAAUCUCACAACGGAGGAGCUGAAGCUACGCCGCGAGGUCGAAGCCAAGCGACGCAAACUCGAACGAGAAGCCGUCAUCGCUGCGUCAGCUCUGCGCGGACAAAGCGAUGCGACGAUUACAGACACAGAGAGCAGGCCAACAACUGGGGGCUCUCAACGUACGACGGCUAAUGAAGAGGUCGGUGGUUGGCAAGACGCCGCAUGGCUAUUAAGCGUUGCUUCAAAAGCUUUGUUCUGA